CCCGUCACUACAAUUUUUAAAAAAUGUCAUACAAGAAUGUCGUCUUCCCACAAUACGAACGAGUUUCAUGAAGUUCAUGAGUCGCUUCAAUGUUGUGGGACGAAAUCUUUUAAUUUUUUUUAAUAUCCUGAUGACUGUUCGGUGAAGAGAGGAUCAAUCAAUCUUCAUUCUAUAACGGCGAUAUUCAGAUGAAAUAGAUCUUGCUGGUCGAGAUCAAACUUCGAAUCUAUAGCUCCCUAUUUCAUUCUUACUCUUUUCACCUCACGAUACACAAGAAACACCCCGGACAAGAAGAUAAAGCGAUAAGGAAUUGCUUUGAAAGUUCAAUAAUAUAUAUCCCACCUACCACAAAACAUUUCCCCCCUUCACCUCCCUCAACAUAUAAUAACACAUCUGCAACAUGCGGUCCUCAACAAUAUUAGCACCGAGUCUCUUCCUUCUCACGUCCUUCAUACAAUCCACAGACGCAUUGAAAGCACUAUCGAAUUCACCAUGUGCACCGAAAUGCGGCAAUGUUUUAGGAGGAACCACGGGGGACAAUGAUAUCGUGUGUCAGAAUACGGACUAUACGAGCUCAAUUGGAACGACAUAUUCCGGAUGCGUGGGAUGUCAAUUAACGAGUACGUUUGUUGAUCCUUCAACAAAUCAAACGGAUUUGGAAUGGGGUUUAUGUAUGCUCUCCUUUCCUCGGAUGUAUGUGUGGAAAUGUGACUAAUAUGGUGUGUGUAUAGAUAAUUUGAGAUAUGCCAUAAGUUGGUGUCUCUUUGGAUAUCCAAAUAAUACACAAGUGCAGGAUACGCCAUGUAUAACACCGCUAUCAUGCGGACCCAUGAAAGACGCCAUCGAAUACGAAAAUCUGACGACGAGUGCUCAAACCGAAUAUGGAUAUUGUUCAGACAUCGCCACGAAUCAAAUCCAACAAUGUCAGAAUUGUCUCCGAAUUUCAACAGCAACAUACUAUCUGAAUAAUUUCUACACGCUGCUCUAUGGAGCUUGUGAACAACAACCCGCUGCAGGCUCAACAUUAUCCUUCCAGGGCUCCCCCUUCUCCACCACUCAACUAAACAUGACUUCUCCAACUCCAACUUCCGUACCCGGUACAGCCUACCCCGGUCUCUCCCUCAAUUCCCGCAUCGGAGUCGCAGUAGGCAUAAUAGUCUUCGCACUCUUCAUAACCGGAUUCUGCAUCAUCUUCAACGGACGACGACGUCGGCGCCGCAUCCUCCGCCAACAUCAACUCGACACCGGCUACGCCGCCUGGAAAAACACCCACAACGUCGACGGACUAGGCGGACACGUCCCCGCCAACGAUGCCACCAGCGCCGUCUCAAACAUGACAUCCGGCUCUGGAGGAUUCUUCGACAGUCCCAACUCGCAAAAACCUCUACAGCCACAGUACUGGGGUCAACAACAACCUCAUGGUGGGGAUUUUAAUGGUCCUGCUAUUAUGACACCCGUGGAAGAUAGUCCCAUUACCCCCGUGGCCGAGAAAGUAUAUUUAUCUCCCUAUUCCUCACCGUACAGUAGUCCAGCCACCGCAUCCACUGAUGCGAACGGGAAGAAUCCGAAUGGAGAUCCGUGGGCUACAGAUCGAACGGGGAGUUUUGGACAGGGAACUUUCGGCCAGGGAACAUUCGGUCAAGGAGGAGGCAGUAUGGCCGAGAAACUCAAAGCGAGGGAAAGAGAGCGAGCACGAAGAAAGAAAGAAGAAGAAGAAAUGAUGAAUGAACGUGAUCAAAUCGAAUUGCAGAAUUUACAUUUACAAAAUCAACAUCAACAUCAAACCCAAAAUCACAAUCAAAAUAUAGCGCCCGUCCUAGGACAUCCUGGAUAUGGAAGGGGAAGUGCAAGGGGUAUGACGAGUGAGGAUGCAAGGAGGAGUGAGUGAUGCGCUUUAGUGUUCGCUUUUAUGUUCGCUAGUGCUAGGGGGUAUAAUCAGAUGAUCUAAUCCAGUCAAUCAAUAUAUUUUGCGCAUGCGUGGGGAUUUUUUUAAAACUUUUAUAUUGAUCUUAUCUGACCUGGUUUGAUUUGAUUAGGUAGCUGUGGUUGAUUAUUAUUGUUGUUGUUUGUCUGUUUGUUUGUCUGAGUAGUUAUUUCAUGAUACCAUUUUUGUUUUAUGGGGAAAAAGGGAGGUGCUUUGAUUUGGGUUGGGUUGGUUAGAUUCAAUGGGGUGGAUGAAUGAAUGAUGGUUAGAUUGAAUGGAUGGGUGGAUGGAUGGAAGAAUGAAGGGAAAAAAGAAAGGAAGGAUAAAACCAAUUAAC